GUGCACCGCGGCGGCGACGUUACGUCAUGAGUUGCGUCAUUGAGGCGGAAAUGAAAGUUCGAUAGAGCCAGCGGUCCUCUGCGGAAAUAAGGGCUCUUGCAUCAUGGCAGCCGCCAGCGUGAGCAGACCUGGUAUUGUCCAGACCACAGAAAAAUCCCAAUUAACCCUGAAAGUGCUCUCUGCAAAGCCUCAGUCCCCCAAGCUGCCCAGCCGUCACUCUCGCCUCAGCUCCUUUGUGGAGGUGACCGCCGAUGGCCUGACCUGCGAGACGAAAAAAACGGGCAAAUGUAGCGGCCAUCCAGAACUGCAAUGGAACGAGGACCUCACUCUGAACGUGACUCCUCAGAGCAGGUUGGACUUGAAAGUGUGGAACUGCCACACGCUGAGAAAGGAACUACUGGGCAGUGCCACCAUUGACCUCCUGGAUACCCUGCGCUCUCAUGAUGGCAAGAUGGAGAAUCUGCAGCUCAGUCUGGUCUUGCAGACAGAGAACAAAGGUGCAGUUGUAGCUGGAGGAGAGCUGACCGUCUGUCUGGACGGCCUGGCUGUUGAUCUGGGAUCGCUGCCCAAUGGCAAUGCUGCGACAGGCAAGAUGCUGCAAACGGAUAAACAGACUGACACGCAGAGCCCACAGAGGACUGAGAGUGAAGAGAUAAGCAUCACAGACAGCCCCCAUGGCAGAAGUCAGAGACAGUCAGCGGGAGGGUCCAGGGGAGGAUCUUUAGCCAACGGAGUGAUGACGCAGAAUGAAGGUCCCAGCCCAGGACCCCACAGUCAACACCGGCAGGCCAAGAACCCUCAGAGUAGUCCAGGGAAUGCAGGUAAAUGUGAGCCAACCUCCAAUGGAGUGGAGAAUGGACGCAGCAGUCCAGGUCCCCAUGUGCCUCCCAUGUCCAGGACAACAGCCCUUUCAUCCAACACCCCCACAUUAGUGGGAACCCCCAGUUCAGACAGCGGAGCCCCACCCCCACCAGAGGAGUCCCCACCACCCAUCACAGACCAGACCAAUAGGGAGGAGUCUCUGCCAAAUGGCUGGGAGCAGCGUGUCCUGCCCAAUGGCAGGGUCUACUAUGUGGACCACAACACCAAAACCACCACCUGGGAGAGACCCCUGCCUCCUGGCUGGGAGAAGCGGGUUGACCAGCGCGGACGCUUCUACUAUGUGGACCACAACACUCGGACCACCACGUGGCAGAGGCCCACGGCUGAGUCGGUGCGCAACUACCAGCAGUGGCAGUCACAACGCAGCCAGCUGCAGGGGGCCAUGCAUCAGUUCAGCCAGAGGUUCCUCUACCAGUCUUCCGGCGUGCUUGUGGAAAAUGACCCUCUGGGCCCACUGCCCUCGGGAUGGGAAAAACGUCAGGACAAUGGGCGCGUGUACUUUGUCAACCACAAUACACGGACCACCCAGUGGGAAGACCCCCGGACCCAAGGGAUGAUCCAGGAGCCCCCUCUCCCCCCAGGCUGGGAGAUGAAAUACACCGCAGAGGGUGUCCGGUAUUUUGUGGACCACAAUUCCCGCACCACUACUUUCAAAGACCCUCGACCAGGGUUUGAAUCAGGGUCAAGGCAGGGUGGCUCACCUGGAGCCUAUGAUCGCAGCUUCAGAUGGAAAUAUCACCAGUUCCGCUUCCUGUGUCAUUCCAAUGCCUUGCCCAGCCACGUGAAGAUCAGUGUAUCCAGACAGACGCUGUUUGAAGACUCGUUUCAGCAGAUCAUGAACAUGAAGCCUUACGACCUGCGCAGGAGGCUGUAUAUCAUAAUGAGGGGAGAGGAAGGGCUUGACUAUGGAGGCAUUGCCAGAGAAUGGUUCUUCCUGCUGUCUCACGAGGUCCUCAAUCCCAUGUACUGCCUCUUUGAAUAUGCCGGAAAGAACAACUACUGCCUGCAGAUCAACCCAGCCUCGUCCAUCAACCCCGACCACCUCACAUACUUCCGUUUUAUUGGACGAUUCAUCGCAAUGGCGCUGUAUCAUGGGAAGUUCAUUGACACAGGCUUUACUUUGCCAUUCUACAAGCGUAUGCUCAAUAAGAAGCCGACCCUAAAGGACCUGGAGUCAAUUGACCCCGAGUUCUAUAACUCCAUCAUGUGGGUCAAGGAGAACAAUCUAGAGGAGUGUGGAGUGGAGCUGUACUUUGCUCAGGACAUGGAGAUACUGGGCAAAGUGUCCACGCACCAGCUGAAGGACAAUGGCGAGAACGAGCUGGUAACCGAGGACAACAAGGAGGAGUAUAUCAGCCUGCUUACGGACUGGCGUUUCACCCGCGGGGUGGAGGAGCAGACUAAGGCCUUCCUGGAUGGGUUCAAUGAGGUCGUGCCUCUGGAGUGGCUCCGCUACUUUGACGAGAAGGAGCUGGAGCUGAUGCUGUGCGGAAUGCAGGAGGUGGAUCUCAGCGACUGGCAGAAGAACACCAUCUAUCGCCACUACACCAAGAACAGCAAGCAGAUCCACUGGUUCUGGCAGGUGGUGAAGGAGAUGGACAAUGAGAAGCGGAUCCGGCUGCUGCAGUUUGUGACGGGAACGUGCCGUCUGCCCGUCGGGGGUUUUGCGGAGCUCAUAGGGAGCAAUGGGCCACAGAAGUUCUGCAUCGAUAAGGUGGGAAAGGAAACCUGGCUACCCAGAAGCCAUACCUGUUUCAAUCGUCUGGACCUGCCACCCUACAGGAGCCUGGAGCAACUAAGAGAGAAGCUGCUGUUUGCCAUCGAGGAGACAGAGGGCUUUGGGCAGGAGUAAGGGGGUGGGAGGCAGGGCCAGGAGGGAGGAGGCAGGGUUAGAUGGAGAGCGAGGGUGCUGUAGGGAUGGGGAUAAGUUGAGUAGCUACUGCGUGCACUCACAUACAAGCCAUAUGUCCCUCUGGAAUCUUUCAGAGGGUUUGGACCUCACAACUCACCUCCCACUGGUCUCCAGCAUCAGGAUGUGAUCUCUGGACUCAACACCCCACACAAUCUCUUCCUCUGUCUUCCUCCACUUUCUGGCAACAGCUCCUCCUUACUCACCAAGAUGUAAAAA